CCUUGUCCCCGGCCAGACAAAGCUCUGCCUUUGCCACCCUCUCGAUCUCGCCGUAGAAGGCUCCUGUUACCUCGCCGCUCCUCCGGCCAUGGCCGUGACCGUCAGCAAACUUAGGGCGGACGCGCCGCAGUACGUCUACCACGGCAACCUCCAGCUCCCUCCACCCCCGCAUCCUUGUCACGAGACGGCCAUGGGCUGCUGCCCCCUCCCUCCUCCACCCCCGCCUCCUCAUCACAAGACGGCGAUGGGCGGCGGACCCCUGUACCACGCCGCGGCCCUCCCGACGACUUUCCCGGUCUUCGCCAGCUACCCACCCCCGCCCCCGCCAUUCGUUCCCGCUCCCGCGCCAAUCUGCAGCUUUCCUCAGCCACCGCAGCCGGCAUUGCGAGGCCAUUUCCACUUCGCUCCACCGUCGGUGCUGCGGCUAACCGCGUCGCAGCGCCGCCUCGGCAAGGUAGCCCCGUCGCCGCUCCGGCCAGCCGCCCCGCAGCGCCGCGUCGUCAAGGUUACCCCGUCGCCGCUCCGGCCAACUGCGCCGCAGUGCCUCCUCGGCAAGGUUCCCCCCUCGCUUCUGCGGCCAGCGGUGCCGGGCUGUUUCCUCGGCAAGGUUGCCCUCUCGGCGGCACCGCCGCAGGCAGCGGAGGAGACUUUCCAAGGAAAGGACGCGCCCUCGCCGCCGCUGCCGGCUGCGCCCGUGCCUUUGAGCACCGAGGCUGUCCCCUCGUCGCCAGCGCCCACAACGCCGGUGCCUCCAAGCCUUACGGCUCCGAAAGUUUCGGCGCGGCCGCACGGCCUCCCUCCGCACAGGCUCAUGUUUUGGUCCGUCGACGUGGACACCGAGAAGAAGCAGGCGCAGGCGCAGGCGACGGCCAUCGCGGGAGAGGCCCAGCCCGUGAAGCCUCGCGGACGGAAGGCCGGUCCGCGUCUGAUGCAGGCGCGGCACCGUGAGACGGGGACGAGAAGGAGCAGGGAGCUCUGGCGCCGGCAGGCGAAGGCGGCGCCAGCCGAGGUCGCCUGCAAGCCGGCGUUCACGACGAGGCCGCCGACGCCGAGGCCCGCGCCGGAGUGGCGCAAUCCGCAGGUCACCACGGUCAUGAUCCGGAACAUCCCCAACAGGCUCAAGCCGGCCGAGAUGAUGCAGCUGCUGGACGACCACUGCGCCUGCGCGAACAAGGAGGAGAAGCCCGGCGGCGACGUGCCCGCCGCCUACGACUUCCUCUACCUGCCCAUGGAUUUCAGCUUGUGCAGCAACCUGGGGUACGCGUUCGUGAACCUCACGUCGGCCCACGCGGCGCGCGGCCUCCACUCCGCCCUCCACGGCGCCCGCUGGACGGUGUUCGGCACCAACAAGGUCAUCGACAUCCGCGCCGCGCGCAUCCAGGGCAAGAAGGCGCUGGUGAAGCACUUCAGCAACUCCACCUUCCCGUGCGCCACCGACGACUUCCUCCCCGCCGUGUUCUCGCCACCGCGCGACGGCGAGGCCACGGCCACGGCCAUGCGCGUCGGCAUCCGUGUCACUCCCGUCGUCACUCCGGUGGCCACGCAGCGGCUGGCAGGCAAGCCCGCGGUCCGUGGGCGUCGCCAGCGCUGGGUCGCGAAGCCGAGCGGCGCAACAGGCCGCGUGUGAGCCGUAUGCUCCCCGUUCGUGUUCGUGGUUGGUAGCUAGCGGCAGCGUGGCACGGUCAAACCGGAGUCUGGCCAUGCCUUCCCUUUCUCCUUUGGUUGCAGGGAGGGAAGGCUGUUGGACUCUGGACAUGAGCCGUCACCCUGCUCCACCGCUGCGUGGUGUCUCUUCGUCUCUAGCUAGCCUCUACUUAGAAAUCUCCAUGAAAUUUUUCCUGCGUGUGUACUGUGUAGGACCAGCCUCUAGCCUCUAUCCUAAUGUUGGAUGUUGUAACUUGUCCGUAGCAUGUGUCUUGUUCUGCUCUCUCCAAGGAAGAAAUUGUCUGGUGUC